AUGUUGGCAAUCUCGACUGCACCGCGCAUAGAUGCGAAGAAACGUGCCAUCAAUCCGAAAAAGGCGCAGUUCCAGAAUGCCAGCUUUGCCGAACUCGACUAUGCGCAUCGUCUGAACUUCUACAUCGUCCCGCCGACGGGCGAUGUCACGCUCGAACAAUUCGAAGAAUGGGCCAUUGCGCGACUGAAGGUGCUGGCCGAGCUGGAGUCAUGUCAAUUCCGCAAUAGAACGCCGGCCGAAACGGAAGAGCACAUGCGACCCAUCCUCGCCAAACACCUCCCUCUCCAGAGCAACAGCUCGAGAAGCAGUGAACUUUCCCUCGAGCGUAAGCGCGACCACUACAGCCAUUGGACACUGCGCCUUGCCUUCGCCAGCACACAAGACCUCAGGCAACGAUUUGCGCGUCUCGAGUCGCAAUUGUUUCGACUACGCAUACAACAGGACGACCAACGUGAGAAGAGAGCUUUUAUCGAGUCUCUGCCAAUGACGUGGCAGACAGUGGGCAAUGAAGAGAAGUCACAACUGCUGGACGACUUGAAAGCUGCAACAAACUGCACUAAGCAGGAUGAGGAGAGCUGGUUCAUGGUGGACUGGGAGAAUGUGCCAGAGCUGGUCGAGAGGCGACAGGUGCUACUGAAGAGAGGCAAGGCAUAUGUGCAUGUCCGCGAACAGACGAGCAUGGUUGUCAGCGAAUUUUCGAGACACCUUGAGUCUGGCCUCGAAUUGGCAGCUCGCUUCUUGCCUCGCAUGGACGAAGACAAUCGCCUGGCACCAAUCUUGCAUCAUCUUUCACAGUCAUUCGUGGCACCAGAUGCUGGGUAUGCAGAGGAGUCGAGCUUGAGCGACAUGACCAAUGUCACGGCUGCUUCGAUCGACUCAUACAGCCAGUAUUUUCCCCUUUGCAUGCAGAAUCUGCAUCGCGAGCUCCGGAAGAACAACCACUUGAAGCAUUUUGGAAGGCUACAGUAUACGCUGUUCCUCAAAGGCAUCGGCCUGAACUUGCAGGAAUGUAUAGCCUUCUGGAGACGCAGUUUCAAACUCAUCACGGACGACAAGUUCAAAUCGGAAUAUCUCUACAACAUUCGCCAUGCGUAUGGUGAUGUCGGUGGAGAUUCCAACAGACGUGGCCGAGGCUAUACACCGUACAGCUGCCAGAAACUACUCACCGAGGCAUUGCCUUCAGCUGGGCAGCAACACGGGUGUCCGUAUCGAACAUAUAGCCCCGAUAACCUGAUCACACUUCUCCAGAAUGUGGGCGUCUCAGAUCGAGAAUUGCUCAAGGGCGUCCGCGAAGAUGUAGGCAAGCAACGAUAUCACAUCGCGUGCAACAGAGUCUUUGAAGCAGCUCACAAGAAUGAGCUGAAGAAGGUCAAGGACGAAUCUCUGAUGCCAGCAAGCGAGCUGGACACCAUUCUGCAUCCAAACACCUACUUCAAGCGAAGCUUCUUGCUGAAGAAUCUGGGAAAGCUCCAGAAUGGUGAAAUUGGUGUCGAUGGCCCCGGUUCAUCUUCGAAUGCUUGA